AUGAGUCGUGGAGGUGGUGAUCGUCGUGCUGCUCCGGAUAUCAACGGAUUGACAUCGCUGAAAAUUGACAACCUGUCGUACCAGACGACGCCAAACGAUCUGCGACGAGUUUUCGAGAGAUAUGGAGACAUUGGAGACGUGCACAUUCCAAGAGACAAGUACUCUCGUCAAUCCAAAGGGUUCGGAUUUGUUCGAUUCUACGAACGUCGUGACGCUGAGCACGCUUUGGAUCGCACUGAUGGAAAACUGGUAGAUGGGCGGGAGCUGCGAGUUACCCUGGCCAAGUACGAUCGACCAUCCGACGAAAGAGGAGGUCGUGGUGGAGGAGGUCGUAGAAGACCAGCAGCAGAAUGUGAUCUUGUUGCUGAGUUGAGCUGA